ACGUAGUGAUGUGUCCACAGGGUGGGGUUGUUCACCCACCUGACUGCUGAAUUCAGGCUCCACAAGCACGAAAUCCACAGCUCAGUUUUUUCCAUCCACUCCUCACUUUUCUGCAGCUUUCCCGAAAAACACGGACUUCAUUAACACAUUAAUAACUUCACCGAGGACAAGCUGCGAUGAAGUCCAGUAAGUUUAACUUAAAUGUUUGCGCAAUUAGCUGAACUUAAUCAUCACUAGUCCGGGCGCUAAUGGCUGCACAGCUGCAAAGGGGCUUAUGUAAAAGGCUUACAGCUCUUAAGACAAUAAUGGUCGCAGGGAGAACAAAUGAGGUGGCGCUAAUUCUCCCGAGGUGCCCGUUAAUGCGUCAGUGAGGCGGACCAGUGCGCGCCUGUCCGAGCUCAUCCAGGACAACAAGGACGCAGCGGGAAGUGAGAUCUCCUAGUCGCUGUCCGUGGUGCUGAUUAAUAGAAAGUCACCGGAGUUCAGUGACAGCAGCUUUUGUUUACACCAGCAGAUAUCCGUUUAAUUAAACAUGACCCAAGGGGAAUCACCAUGCACCGCUGACUCUUCUGCAGACCAGUCCAGCCUCUCAGGUGAAGCUGGAGAAAACUCACCCGUGGACUCUAUGGAGAUGGCUGUGAAGGAGACUAGUGGAUUAUGUUGACUUCUUUAACCCACAGAAAUACCAUCCUGGGAUAAGAACAUUGGAGAUCCAGUCAUGGGGAACUCCUUUUUGCCAUCUUUUGUAAAUGUGCUGUGUUUUUUCACCUUUGUGGCUUCAGCUUAACUUUAACUUUUUGUAUGUUUUUCCAUUUCAUUACGCUUAAUUUGCGACCUGAAACUGAUUUCAGUGGAACUAAGAGAUGCUACCAAAGGCUUUUUAAGUUUCCUGCAGCAGUGGAGACUUUGGUUCAGCCGGUUCUUCACCACGCUUGUCCCUCACCACUGUUCCCCAAAUCCCAAUUUGCACGCCUCCGUCCUGACAGCCGACCCCAGACAUCCUCCUGCCUGGAUGAUUGAGGGAAGAGUUUCCAGGCACAUAGCAUGGCUCACUCCUUUCAGCCCCCUGCCUGGAGGGAGAUGACAAAUGGAGGCGGGCACCCCCACUUCAGCAACGGAGGCCACCACGGGGGUUCCCACAGCACCACGCGCUACAUGCUGAAGAAACAACAGCGCCACAGACGCAGGUCGUCCUCGCCGAUGGGCAGGGUCAUUCUCAUCAACGCUCCUGUUGAUGGAGGAGACGACAGUGAAGACAUUCACACGGUGACAGUAGAUAAGAGUCCAGAUGGGCGUCUGGGUUUCAGCGUCCGCGGGGGCUCUGAACAUGGGCUGGGCAUAUUUGUCAGCAAGGUGGAGGACGACAGCUCUGCAGCGCAGGCUGGGCUGACUGUGGGCGAUAAGCUGGUAGAGGUGAACGGGGUCAGCCUGGAGAGCAUCACCAUGAGCAGCGCUGUGAAGGUCCUGACAGGCAACAACAGGCUGAGGAUGGUGGUGCGGCGGGUGGGCAAGAUCCCCGGCAUCCGCUACUCCAAGGAGAAGACCACAUGGGUGGAUCUGAUUCAUCGGCGGAUGGUGGUAGAGGAAAACGGUCGUACGCCAUCAGAGGCCAGCUCAGACAGCGCUCUACGCAGAAUCGUGCAUCUCUUCACCACAUCAGAUGACUACUGUCUGGGCUUCAACAUCAGAGGAGGCAAAGAGUUUGGACUGGGAAUUUAUGUCUCUAAGUUGGAUCCAGGUGGGCUUGCAGAGCAGCAUGGCAUCAAAAUGGGCGAUCAAAUCCUUGCGGCCAACGGGGUGAGCUUUGAUGACAUCACUCACAGCAACGCAGUCGAGGUCCUGAAGAGCCACACUCACGUCAUGUUGACCAUCAGGGAAGCUGGAAGAUACCCUGCAUACAAGGAGAUGGUGGCAGAAUAUGGCUGGCUGGACAAAUUAGCCAAUGGGGGCCCUGCACCAUCCUCUCAGGGAUCAGACUCCAACUCCUCCGCCUCCUCGUUGUCCUCCAGCACCCCUCUCAGCUCCCUCAGUGGUCUCUCCCAGGUCCUUUUCCCUCCUAUCUUUGGCUCUGAGAUGGUGGACGUCGCCAUCUCCACAGGGGACCGUUCCCGUCGUCCAAGCAGCGCUGAGCGAACUGCUGACACGGCCAUACAGACCGACCCCCAAGCUACAAACUACUGGGACAACCCUUCGUCUAACGGGUCGCACCCCGACCUGCUGGCCACCACAGAAACCAGUAGGACUGUGGGUGCAACAAUGCUGCUGAAGGACACGGUAAUACGUGGGAAAGGGGAAGGGCCGAGGGAGACGGGAGCAAAGGAAGGAGGACGGGGACGAGUGAGGACGCUGUCAGUUGGGGAGCAGGAAGUAGAGAAACACUCGCCCAAGACGGCAGCGCUGAUGGCCCUGAGCAGACCACGGAAGCCAAUCAGACGUUCCCAGAGCCACAUCACUGCAUCAGAGGACAGACAGAAGAAGAAGAAGCAACAGAGUAAGAAGAGCUCAGCAGAGGGUAAAACCAGCCUGCAGCGCUCCAAAACCUUUGUCAAUUUGUUUUUUAAGAAAGAUCGUAAGGAGAAGAGUCGCUCUAAGUCACCGUCUCGCCACACUGACAAAGAUAAGGAGCGAGGUCGUCCGUUCCAGCUGCUGACCUCCCCGAGGGAGUCCCGUGCCGGCAGCCCGCUGCCCCGACUGGAAACCCUGCAGCACGUGGAGAACAUGGCAAAGAAGCUGCUCAGCCAGGAUGAAGUGGCUGCUGUGAUGAGACACUGUCGGCGAUUUCUGUCUGACAAUGUGAUUGAGGAUUUAGUGCGUCCACUUCUGGCAAUCUUGGACAGGCCAGAGAAACUGCUGCUCCUCAGAGAAAUAAGAAUGCUGAUACCUACUUCUGAGUUGGGCCGCUUUGACAGCAUGGUCAUGCCUUUUGAGCUGGAGGCGUACGAUGUUCUCAAGAGUCGCUCUAUACGAUCUCCAGCUCUGCGCUCUCCUCGCAGUGGAACUCCUCGCCGUCACCUCAUCACCCCAAUCCCAGACUACAGGGGUGGAUUCCACCUCCAGCCGUUCCAUGACACUCUACGGGAGCGUCAGCUGAUUGAAGAGUUGGAGAGCCUUCGUUUGUCCGGCCAGCAGUCAGGCCACCUGCCACCAUCUCGUGCCUUCACCCCCCUGCUGGACAUCCCUGUAGACAGCUAUGUCUCCUCCACUGUUCGCUCCCGUUCCCCGAGCCCCUCGCCCAUUCACAGCUUUCUUCUCCCUGAAUCGCCAAACAGCACCCAACGUGGACGCCAACCUCAUCGCUCCCCAAACAGGAGAGAGAACGGGGAGUCGCGGUAUGACAAUGUCUCCCUGCUGUCCGUGUCUGACCGAGGAGAUGUUUUUCCGGAACGAGGAAGGUCGCCUGUGAGGAACGGCCACAGCAGAGGGAGGCGGGAGGGGAGUCCUGACAGCAUGGAUGGCAGGCUGAGCAGGCAGGAGGGCUACACGGAGGUCAGCGUACAAGUUCCUUCACAGCGGAGAGGCAGAACUCCUCUGGCGGAUGUAUUUGAUCCCCAGAGAGAGAAGAGCCCAUCCACAAGUAGAGGGAGCAGUCAACAUGUAAAUGGACAUUUACUAAAUGGUCAUGGAGUGAAAAGAAGACCACCUCUACCACCUGAAGAGUAUGAAAUCAUUACUUUGACUAUCUCCAAGGCCAAGCAGUCACUAGGUAUUAGUAUCUCUGGAGGUAUGGAGUCCAAGGUCCAGCCCAUGAUAAAGAUCGAGAAAAUCUUCCCAGGAGGAGCUGCAUCUACAAAUGAGGCUUUAAAGGCGGGAUAUGAGCUGCUCUCCGUGGACGGGGAAAGUCUGCAGGGAGCAACUCAUCAGUAUGCCGUGGAUGUAAUUCGCCGUUCGUUCAGCAACAAGGCCAAAGACCCGAUGGUUUUUGUGGUCAAGGUCCCUAAGGUGGCCACCACACCCACCAGCCCCAGGAGACCUGCUGACUAAACUUUGUGUGCCUCACAGCCAGACUGCUGCUGGAGCAUGAAGGACAACAAAACCUGCAGCUCCCGUGGGAUUGAAUAAAGUAGAGGAUUCACCCCCAGAAGAGGAAACUUGGGACGAGUAAAGCUCCGGUAACAGUGGAGAGCAUCAAAGGCAAGAGUUUUGACAAGACAUAUGAGGAAAUAUGUCAGAAACAAAGCUUGAGACUGGCUUUUAGGACUGAUUUGGUAGGAUAUCUAUCAAAAUAAAGAUUCUUAGAAAUAAUUUUUGCUAUGUAAUGUAAGCCCAAAUGUUACAAGUGUAUGACUUUUAUAACAUUCUUAGUGUUUUUAGCAAACAUUUUACUAAAUGCAUACGUUGCACAUCAAAUCCACUUAAAGUAAUUAAUGCAUUUUCUUAAAGGUGUUUCAUGCUAAGAAUAUGUGAUUCAUGAACUCGUCCUUGGUUGAAUUGUGUCACCGUUCAACAUGUUGGCAACCCUGUCGUGACCUCCCAUUGUGGAGCCAGUUGUCUGCACUUUUCACUUGGAGCAUCUCAGUCCAGCAGCCCUGCAGGCCUGCCAGAGGGAGAUUACCCCAGCUUGUGUUAUGAGAUUUAUAGAUUUAUACCCAGAUUAAACCCCUGUAUUAUGUCAAAACUGAUAGUUUGGGUUUAGAGGAUGUCCGGGGGGAUUAUUCCAAAUUGCUGCUCAGUAUUUUUGUGCUGUGUUUUACUGGCAGAAGUGCUUGUGCUCUGGAGCCAUCCGCCACUUUAGAGGCUUAAUUACACCAUGCUGUGGAUGGAGCUUAUGCAGACAUGUGGAGGAGUUGGAAAAACAUGUCAGUGAGAAAUGCAGGACACGGAAGCCGGUGGCACAUUUUAAAUCAAAGCGGGGGUAGAGGAGAUAUGGGCAGGAGAAUGUAGUGUGCAUAGUGCCUUACUUUUGCAGACGGCCAGUGGGGGGAAAAAAUAUGAAAAUGUUACUCAAACUUGGUUUUAAUAAGCCGUAGAAAAAGUCAAGGUGAAAUGUUUUUAUUCUGGCAUGCUAUUAAAUGUUAAAAGCAAA